GCGCUCCAUUGAGGCCGCCUGCUCCUCAGGAUGCGCGUCGCGCGGGUCGGCGCUCGGCUGGCCGUGCCUGUCGCCCGCUUCCACUGUCGCGUUGGCGCCUCGGGGGCCCGGGGACGUCCGGGGGCGCCAUGACCAACGUUUAUUCCCUGGACGGGCUCCUGGUUUUCGGGCUGCUGCUGGUUUGCACUUGUGCGUACUUGCGGAAGGUGCCCCGACUGCGCACCUGGCUCCUGUCCGAGCGUAGGGGCAUCUGGGGAGUCUGCCACAAGGCUGCUGUGAUUGGGACCCGCCUGCAUGUGGCUGUGUCCAUGUCCUGUCUUCUCAUGGCCUUCUACGUCCUUGUGGGAAAGUGACCACAUGGGGACCUGCUGGUAACCUGAGAGAGACCUGGGACUGACUAGAGAUCCUGUGACUGAUUCCGACGAUCCCAGUAUGGACCAGAGACCCUGGUACUGACCCCAGUGUCCCAGCACCAACCAGAGACCCCAUUGCUGACCCUGGAGACCCUGGUAUUGACCCUGAACCACCCCUGGUCCUGCCCUUGGCAGCAACGUGGAUCCUGCGUGUGGCAGCCUAGGGACCAUCAUGGCCCAUCACCCUCCUUCAGCCCACCAAGGGCAACUGUGAGGGCCAACAGGGCACCUUUAGACUGUUGGAGAAAGAUUUCCCGUGAAUUCUGUAGAGAAGUGGGUGAAGGGACCCCCAGGACUGAGGGACCCAGCUCUGCCCUGUGAGCCCCUUCUCUUGAUGCUGAGCAGGGUCCUAGUGAGACCAUGGCAGUUUCUGGGGGCCAGGCAAGGUCCCCCCUGUUCCGUGGGAUCUUCCUGUGCCCCUGCAGCGUGGGGGCCCUCAGGGGGGUCUCCUUCUGCAGUGGGGGGUUGGUGACGCCCCCGGGUUGUAAAUAUUGGACCACCACAUGCAAAUAAAGUGGGGGUUCCUCUGUGGCA